AGCGGGCGGAGUCCGCCCGCACCUCCCGCCGCGCUCGUCCCGCCUCCAAACCCCGGCGGGGCUGAGGCUGCACCUCCCAGUGCGGCGGUUGGUGCGGGCCCCUCGCAGGGCAAGGGUGGCCCAAAGCCACCCCCUCCCGCACUGGUAGCCGUCGCGGCCAUUUUGGCUGAGGGCUCGAGGACAAAGACACUUGGAGACCCCGGGGGAGGCGUCAUCGGGACACGGUUGCGUAGGAGCAACGUUCGCGCGGCGCGUUGCCGCCAUUUCUGUCCGAUGCUCUGUGUCCCUUCCGCCAGCGGCUCUCAGUGUUUGGCCGUGGGCCCUCGAGGGGCCGGCUGCUGCGGCUUCGGCCCGGCUGGCUCCGCGGACCCCGGCCUGGCCCUUGCCAUGUCGCCGCUGCGGACCCCGCUCCCCGCGCGGGAACCGGUCGGCGCCGCGCGCGAGCGGAGAAGGCCGGGCGCCGUGAGCUUCGCGGACGUGGCGGUGUACUUCUCCCCGGAGGAGUGGGGCUGUCUGCGGCCCGCGCAGAGGGCCCUGUACCGGGACGUGAUGCGGGAGAUCUACUGCCACCUGGGCGCGCUCGGGUUCCGAGGCACCAAGCCAGCUCUCAUCUCCUGGGUGGAGGAAGAGGCCGACCUGUGGGGCCCGGCUGCCCGGGAUCCGGAGGUGGGAGAGUGUCUGCCAGAAGCAGACGCAGCAGAUUCCAGAAACAAGGAAGAGAAAAGACAAGGAGAAGGGACUGAGGCCCUGGAGAAGAGCCUUUCUGUGGAAGCUGGGCCUCCUGGACUGAAGGCUCUAAUGCAAAGUUCUUCUGCUGGGCUCCCUUAUAGCUUGGAGCAGCCGUCCAAGGCACCUCGCCGGAGUCGCCCCCAACUCUGUGCUCACCCCCCUGUCCCAAGAGCCGACCAGCGUCAUGGCUGCUACAUGUGUGGGAAGAGUUUUGCCUGGCGCUCUACGCUGGUGGAGCACCAGUACACGCACACGGGUGAGAAGCCCUUCCGCUGCCCGGACUGUGGCAAGGGCUUCAGCCAGGCCUCCUCUCUGAGCAAGCACCGGGCCAUCCACCGCGGGGAGCGGCCCCACCGCUGCCCGGACUGUGGCCGGGCCUUCACCCAGCGCUCUGCCCUCACCACUCACCUAAGGGUCCACACGGGCGAGAAGCCCUACUGCUGUGCCGACUGCGGCCGCUGCUUUAGCCAGAGCUCUGCCCUCUACCAGCACCAGCGGGUCCACAGUGGCGAGACUCCCUUCCCCUGCCCGGACUGUGGCCGCGCCUUUGCGCAUGCGUCAGACCUUCGGCGCCACAUUCGCACGCACACAGGCGAGAAGCCCUAUCCGUGCCCAGACUGUGGGCGCUGUUUCCGGCAGAGCUCCGAAAUGGCAGCCCAUCGGCGUACCCACAGCGGUGAACGCCCCUACCCCUGUCCUCAGUGCGGCAGGUGCUUCGGCCAGAAGUCAGCCAUGGCCAAGCACCAGUGGGUCCACAGGCCUGGCGCCGGGGGGCACAGGGGCCGUGGUGCCAGUGUGUUGCCUGUGCCUCUGGCCUCCAGCCAAGAGGACCUGGGCCCACCUGUGGGCUUCCAGCACUACCCAGAAAUAUUCCAGGAGUGUGGGUGAUGGUCUCAAAGAUGUCCAGGCAAAGGGUGACGAUCUAGACAUUGCCUGAGGCCCAGGUUGGGCUCAGGGGCCUGAAACUUCUGAGGCAGCUCUAAGGAGGUCCCAGAAUUCCAGGCAAAAGGUGGACCUGGGGAAUGAGGACCCUUUUCUCUUAGGCCUUCACAAGCUUGAUCAGCUGCCACCUUGCUCCCUGUGGCCCCAGACCCCAGACACCCCUCUGUUCCGUGAGGGCUGAGCUAAGCACAUGCACAAGACCUCCGCUGUGCGGGAGAAAAAGCUGGUUUCCCACUUAGACACGUGAAGAGGAUUGAGGCAGAAGGGAAAUUUGCUGUAUCCAUUGUCUUACUGCCGGAGUUAAAAACUGAUGGCCAUGAAUCUGGCUUGUAGCAACCUUUCACAAAUUCUUUUUGGUCCAACCAACAUUUAAAAAUGUUACAGAUCAUGGUUAAGACUUAAAAGGAUAUUUCACACAAAAAUUCAGGUUUCUGGCCUCUUUGGAAAAAGCCAAGGAUUUGACAACCGGACCCGAGCUCCCACAAAAGCACAGUUGGCAGGAGGUACAGGGCAGCUGCUUGGCCUUGCCCACUAGCCCUUCCCAGCUUGCAGCCGGUGUCAGCUGGCCCUUGUCCCCGCUUGUCCUUGUCCCUGGUACAGCAGGCCCUCUCUGCUGGCCAUUUUCCCCUUGUUUUCCUGACCCGUUGGGCUCCUGUAGCCAUUUGAGUUUGCAAACUGGUGGACAGCAUUCAUGUUGCCCUGACCCAGGGAUUCUGGGCAAUGGCGCCUGUGUGAAAGCGCGGUUGGAAAGAAGGAAAAGCAGGCUUUAUUUCAGACGUUUGCUUGUAUCACGUUCUCUGGUUUACAAAGUCUUGUCCAUCAAUUCAUUUUGCCCUUGUAACUGCCCAAGGAGGGAACCGUGUAGCUGGGAAAGAACAGCCCAGUCAGGAAGAGGCUCUCAGGGCUCUCUUUGCGCCAAAACGAGAGGUGUCUCUGCCCCACCACGGGAGGACUCUGGACUGAUGGGCAGUUCCUAGUUUUGAAGACGAAGGCUCUCAGUAUGCCUUCCAGUCCUCCUUGGGCCUCCCUGGGACAGCCCUACCGCUCAGGCCUUAGCCACCCUCCACCCAGCCAGAAGGGACUCAUCACAUUUUGGAACUGGAAGAGAUCUUAGCUUUUCCAUCCUUUUGCAUCUGAGGACUCUGAGACUGGGGAAGGCAAACAACUCGUUCAAGGUCACAUGCAGAGUGAAACUCCAGGGGUCUUGGUUUACUGCUGUCUUUGCCACACUACUCCUGAAUUCCUUGCCCGUGUCUCAGCCAGGGUUCUGGAGGCAUCUGCUCCCUCCCUAUGAUGGCUCCCAAGCAAUGAACCUGGACUGGGGACAGAGCAACCCAAUGCCAGUGAAGCCCAGUUCCAAGAUGACAGAACAGCCACAUAGUAAAGCAAGGCAGGGAGCAACCAGCCUGAGAUGAGAGUUCCAGGGCAAAUAGAAGCAGAGCUUCCCUCUUCUCUUUUUACGUAUCUCAUUGUGAACAAAGAGGGACAAGGCCAGGAACACUUGGGGUUAGUAGCCAAGGGAACGGCUCAUCUGUAUUCCCAAGCCAGGUCCCUUGUGACUCCAUUAUUCAUCAGCCACCCAGUUCCGCUGUGGUCAGAGUCCAGCCUUGACCCACUGACGAAGCAGCAAGCCACAGGCACACUUGUUCCUGCCUCCCUUACCCCCUCAAGGAGGGGCUUAUGUCUUCUGCUGGUCUGUGCGCACCUGCCUUCCUCCAGCUGUACCCCAUAUCCUGUCUGGCUUACCUUAGGAAGAAACCAGAUUUGUCAACCCAGAGAAGCUUCUAAAGGAAGAGGUAGAAAAUUUGGGGGAAAAGACACUGUUCAGGUCAAAUAACCAACUGAGUUGACAUCAAUUUAAUCUUCAAAUCUGACCCCACCAGGACCUGGCUUACCCUAACAUUUACUGGGAGGGUUGGCUCAGGUGCCAUCUCGUCACAAGGGAGACAUGCAGUGAAAAGAAGUACCUUGGCAACAGGAACUACCUUUGUGCCAGCUUUUAACUCCCUAAAGAGAAGCCAGGGUGCAACCCUUCCCUUGCCUCACCCUCAGCACUGCCCGGGGAAAGCCCAGCCUGCAACACCAGUUGUCAAAUUCAAAGCCAUAUCUGGAUCCUGCCCUCAGCUUGCCAAUUAAAGUUACCAUAAUUACUACUUUUCUCCAAGUGCUUUGAAGUUUUCAAGGCUCGUUUAGGGCCCCCAAACCAGACCGAGCUCCUCUGCUUCCUGUCCUUGUGACCCAUCUUUCUGCCAUUUAAUUGAUUUUUGAGUGUCAAAAUCAUGAAAUCCUUCGUGAAAUUCACUUAAUCAUGAAAUUAAGUGAAAUGCUUAAG